ACGUACUGCAAAAGCAAGCACCAUGACCGUCGCACCCGCAACUGUAUUCUCCAGCCUAGACCUGAUCGGCAACACGCCGGUGGUCCGCCUCCGCAAAGUCGUCCCCGACAACCAUGCCGACGUCUACCUCAAGGUCGAAACCGGCAAUCCCACCGGUUCGCACAAAGACCGAAUGGCGCGAUCAAUGAUUGAGGAAGCCGAGCGACGCGGAGACCUCCGACCCGGAAUGACCGUGGUCGAAGCCACCGGCGGGAGCACCGGGUCCGCGCUCGCCUUCAUCUGCGCCGUCAAGGGCUACAAGUUCCUGGUGGUCUCGUCCGACGCCUUCGCCACCGAAAAGAUCCGGACGAUGCGUGCCCUGGGGGCGGAGGUCAAGCUCAUCCACAGUCCCUCAGGCCAGAUUACGCCCGAUCUGGUCCCGUCCAUGAUGCGACGCGCACAGGAGAUCGUCGACACCGGCGACAACUACUUCUACACGAAUCAGGCCACCAACCACGACGCGCUGAUCGGCUACGAGGGCAUCGGCAGGGAAUUACUGCGGCAGUUUCCCGACGGGAUCGAUGCCUUCUGCGGCGCUGUGGGUGGUGCGGGCAUGGCGAUGGCUGUCUCCAGGGUCUUGAAGGCUCAAUGGCCCCAGACGCGCGUGGUAGUGCUCGAGCCGGCGUCUUCCCCUGUCAUCACUGAAGGUCGCGCGGGCACGCACCAGGUCGAUGGGAUUGGGCUCGGGUACAUGCCCGCACACUUGGAUCGGGAGCUCUAUGAUGAGGCGCGCGGCAUACCGGAGGAAGACGCCGUGCCAUGUGUCGGCGUCUUGCCAGAGUAGAGGGUUUGUUGGUUGGAACGUCGACGGGGUUGAAUGUUGUCGCUGCCAUUGCACUGGCGAAAGAGCUGGGGCCGGGCAAGACGGUUGUCACGGUCGCUUGUGAUACUGGGUUUAAGUACAUGAGUGGCAGUCUUUUCGCCGACGAUUAGGCUUCGAACGGCCUCAGUUAUACUUGUAUUGAAAGAUUGCCUCGCAGUUCCGAAGAUUUGAUUAUGAGUGAAAAUACGGGCAUGGGCCAGGAGUUGGAGGAAUUAGCGGUGUCAUCGUGGUUUAUUGGGCUGUUCGUUUACUUUUCUCUUUCUUAGCUUGCUACCUUUUGCCUUGGUAAUUAUUGAAGUCAUUUUGAGAAGGUCUCGUAUAGCUCUGAGUGCAAUUCAUAUACAUUGAGGU